AUGACUGGCACAGAGCGGAAAGUUUUUCAGAAAUAUUAUCCACCGGAUUUUGAUCCCUCAAAAAUCCCACGAGCAAAAGGACAGCGGAACAGGCAGUUUGUGCAGCGCGUAAUGGUGCCUUAUAAUAUGCAAUGUGAUACUUGUCAUGAGUACAUAUAUAAGGGAAAAAAGUUUAACAUGAGACGUGAGACGGCGGAUGGUGAAACUUAUUUGGGGCUAAAAAUCUUCAGAUUUUAUUUCCGAUGCCCAAAUUGUUUAGCCGAAAUAACAUUUAAAACUGAUUUGGAAAACUGUGAUUAUCAGCAAGAACAUGGAGCAACUCGUCUUUUUGAAGCUUUCAAACUGUACCAACAGGAAGAGAAAGCAAAAGAAACGAAAGAGGAGGAAGAAAAGAAGGAUCCCAUGAAAAUGCUUGAAAAAAGAACGAAAAUGAGCCGAGCCGAAAUGGAAGCACUGGGUAAAUUAGAGGAAUUACAAGAAACAAAUCGACGUCAUGAAACAUUUGACUCAGAUCAGUAUUUCCAAAAUUUAGUCGGAACUCAAGCAGAGGCUUUGCGGCUGCAGGAAGAAGAAGAUGAAAAAUUCAUUCAGAAAUUAUAUGGCAGAACGGAAGACGGGAAAGUUGUUAAACGAAUACUGGAUGAUGGAGACGAAGAUAUGGAGUUACCGAUAUAUAUGAAAAAAGAAAUAAAGCAUGAGCCUGUAGAAGAAGACCAGAAACCAACUUGCUCGUCUGUUGAUGUAACGGAUUUGAAACCAGGUAUGGGACAAGGUAUUGGAGUAACACAUAAACGAACAUCGCAAAAGGAACUUUUAUCAAGAAUUGUUGCUGUCAAGAAACAAAAAGUGGAAAGGAAUGAGCUGAUAGUUGUUAAAACAGAAAUUGACGAUACAAUUGACAAUCCUGGAGAUUUGCCAGAAUAUUCUAUAUCGAAAAAUUUUGAGAAAAAUGAUAAAUCACUACCCGUUUCACUAGCACCAUCAUUAUCUGCCCUUCAGGGCCUAGCUGAUUAUUGCAGCGAUUCUAGUAAUGAUUAA